UAGUUUUUCUGUGUAGUCUGUGAUCGAACUUCAAAGUGAUAAGUUGUAUCAACGCGUGUUUAAAUAAAAAUUCAUCUCUGAUUUUGCAUGUAUCAAUCCAAAAUAAUAAUUUUUUAAGCCAAAAUGGCGCGGAUGAUUCGUAUGUUUUUGAUAAUUUGUUGUAUGAUUGUGCAAACAUUACAAUAUGAGAACGGUGACCGACAACCGAAAACAUUGCAUGUGUACGAAUCGCACAGUGAUCGAAUAAAUAAACCGGCUGUUUUCACCGCCGAUUCGCUGGAAAAAAAUGUUUCUCACAAACGACAGAAAAGGGAUUCCAAUGCAUCCAGUGACAAGGGGGAAACAAAUAAAAAUAUUACGGCAGUGAUCAAUCCACUGUUGGAUUCUCAUGCUCAAUUAAUGGUGCAUUGGCUGGGCGAGGGAACCAACGUUAUGAUCUGUUUGGCUCGUGAACCACCACUGGGGCCAUUAGAAGAUCCGAAAUCAAUGCCUCCACCAGCACCAUCAUCCGUAUAUUUUUCCUACGAUUACGGAGACAAAUUCGUCGAUAAAACACUAGCGUUCAACAUUAGCAUCGAUGGAAAAGAACAGAAUUCCACAUUGGAUCAGUUCAUGACGCAUCCAAAUUUUAAUACGAUUGUGUUCACCGACCCUCGAAACAAAGCAAUAUUCACCAAUUCGGAUUAUGGCAAAACGAUAGUCAGACAUAUGCUCGAUUUUACACCGUCUGAGAUAUCGUUUUACGAACAGGAUGCGAAAACGUUUUUGGUAUUGGAUAAACAGGAUCCGGACAGAAAGUUAUAUUUCACAACGAACUUUGGCGAAACAUUUACCCUAUUGCAAACGAAUGUUAAAUCAAUUGUUUGGUCGUCCGGCGAUGGUUUACCAAUCCAUUUAUACAUUGAACGGAAAGAGCCGACAAACACCUCAUCCGUAAUAUUUAUGAAUGCUUCCGAUUUGCUGAAAAAUCAACCGCAAAAGUACAAUCUGCUGAUCGAAAAUGUGCAAGACUUCCAUAUCAAAAAAGACUUUAUGUUUGCCACGAGAAAAGUGCUCAACAACACCCAGUUACACAUAUCAUACAAGCGGGGACGCUUUGUUAAGGCUGACUUCCAAACGGAAUUAGAAAUUAAGGGUAUCCAUAUCGCCGACGUCGAAGGCAAACGAAUUAUGGCAUCAGGCAUUCAUUCGGAAAUCGUAUCGCAUUUAUACGUGUCCGAAUCGAACAGCGACCUGACCGACAUUAAAUUUGUUCCCAGUUUGGAAAAUAUAUUUUCGUAUGUUCCGGAUGUGACGUGGAAGACCAGUUGGUUGGUGCAAACGUCCGACGAAGCAUUUACCGAACUGUACAAAGUGGAAGGAAUGCGAGGCAUUUACAUAGCGUCAAAAGUGACCCGUAUGACAUCCAGUCUACUGAAAAUGUUCGGCUCUGUCGGUCCGGAACAUUUGAGCUCGUUAAUCACGUUUGACCAUGGUGCCACGUGGAAGCCGAUCGUGGCUCCAACACACGACGAGGAAGGUCAAAAGCUCAAUUGUUCGGAUUGCACGUUACAUCUCUCGCAGAAAUUCAGUCAACUGUAUCCCGUCACAAGAUCCGUUACGAUAAUGAGCUCCAAAUCGGCUCCCGGUGUCAUAAUGGCAACGGGCGUGGUGGGAAAAUCGCUCAAAGGACAUGCUUGUGUGUUUAUAUCGCGAGACGCUGGUCAAACGUGGAAACAAAUACUGAAAACAUAUCACUUCUUCAAUUACGGAGAUCAUGGCGGUGUUUUGGUGGCCGUAAAGUAUUUCAAAUCGAAAGGAGAGACAAACCAAAUCUUGUACUCGAUUGAUGAGGGCGAACAGUUUCUGUCGCAUUCGUUCCAUAUUACCGAUCUCAAAGUCUAUGGCCUCAUGACUGAGCCGAAUACGAAUACCACAACAUUUACAUUGUUCGGAUCGGAACCGUAUGAACAUAGGUGGUUGAUAGUGAAAAUCGAUUUGAAAAAUGCUUUCGAGUACAACUGCACUGAAGAUGACUACAAAUUUUGGUCGCCCGGUUCAAAGAAUAAAGAUUCACUAGUUCCAUGUCAGUUGGGAUUGCUGGAAACCUAUCAGCGUCGAGCUGCCCAUUCAAAAUGUUACAAUGGCAAGGACUAUCAACGGCAAAUGCGUACCGAAGUUUGUUCGUGCAAUUCGUGGGAUUUUGAGUGUGACUUCGGUUUUUCUCGACUAAAUUCAAAGUCACCGUGCAUCCGAAACAAGACCCAGACCACAUACGAUCCCUACAAAGUACCGGACACUUGCAAACCAGGCGAGUUUUACAAUCGAACCAAAGGAUAUCGGUUGAUUGAAGGAGACGUUUGCGUUGAUGGUUUUCAGUCACAAUAUUUACCGCAAGAGACACCAUGUCCGAUCGGCCAACCAAACGAUUUCUUGGUUGUUGCUCAACGCGAUAAAAUAUCAAGGAUCGAAAUACCAUCGGGAAAGAAGGAAGUGUUGCCGAUCAAUGGAUUAAAGAAUGUUAUUGCGAUAGAGUUCGACAUGAAGCACAAUUGUGUGUUUUGGGCGGACAUUAUGACAGACGAAAUUGGUCGGCAAUGUCUCAAUGGCAAUCAAAGUACAGAAAUUCUGCUCGAGAUCGAACUUGCGUCGGUUGAAGGCAUGUCGUAUGAUUGGGUAUCCGAAUUGCUGUUUUUCGUCGAUGGAACUCGCCUCAAAAUUGAAGCACUGAAAACGUCCACUAAUGCGAAAGACAAAAUUGGAAUGCGAAAAACCAUCAUCGACACUGUGAAUCUGUCUAAGCCGCGUGGUAUUGUUGUCCAUCCAAUAGAAGGAUAUCUGUUCUGGACCGAUUGGAGUCAAAUUAAGCCAUCGGUUUCUCGUUCCAAUUUGGAUGGUUCUGACAUUCGUGUUCUCUACCAAAAGCCUCAUGUGGUCUGGCCGAAUGGCAUAACCAUCGAUUACAUUGCGGAACGUGUCUAUUGGGUCGAUGCCAGCAAAGACUACAUAGCUAGCUGUGAUUUGCACGGACGCGCAUUCAAAACCAUACUCGAUCAGGACUCACGCGUCGCACAUCCAUUCGCUGUCGGAGUGUACAAAGAUUUGAUGUACUGGGACGAUUGGAAAAUGAAUUCAGUGUUCUCAGCCGAUAAAGAUCAUGGCAUCAUGAUACGUGUCGUUGCCGACAGUAUGCCCAGCUUAAUGGACCUGAAAGUGUACGCUCAUUCCAUACAGAGCGGCACAAACGCAUGUGCCCCAUCGAAUAAUUGUUCGCAUAUCUGUGUUGGGGCGCCGAACAAGAGUUUCACCUGCUUGUGUCCGAACGAAAUGCUCAUGUCGACGAACGGCGAAUGUCUCUGUCCCGGAUCAACACAACCGUUCGCAAACAAAACCUGUCCACAAUUGGAGAACACGUGCAGUUCCGGAUUUUAUACGUGCGGCAAUAAGCUGUGCGUACCGAUGCUGUUUAGAUGUGACGGCCAAGACGAUUGUGGUGACAAUUCGGAUGAGACCGGAUGUCCAACGUCGAAACAACAAUGUCCGCCACACAUGUUCUCAUGCGUAUCCGACAGCAAAUGCAUUCCCGAUUACUUCCUAUGUGACCACGACCGUGACUGUUCGGAUGGAAGCGAUGAAACUGAAUGCAAAUUCGACGAGUGCAAAUCAACUGAAUUUAAAUGCAACAAUGGUCGAUGCAUCAAUCGUAAAUGGUUGUGUGACACUGAAGAUGAUUGCCGUGAUUCCUCCGAUGAAAUGAACUGCAACAAAACCGACAUCACCGCUGUGACAUGCAAAUCGGAUGAGUUUAGAUGUGGAAAUGGCUUGUGCAUAGCCAAUGCGUGGCGAUGUGAUCAAGACCAGGACUGUACUGACGGAUCAGAUGAACUGAAUUGCGACCAACGGGAGUGUGAUCCGUGGAUGUUUAAUUGUGGCGACGGUCGCUGUAUUUACCAAACAUGGAAAUGCGACGGUGACUACGAUUGCCACAACAAAGCGGACGAGGAGAAUUGCAAUGUCACCAGUUCCACGAACGUGCCACAUCUUCCGGAUUUGAUAAUCCCGACCUGUCACGAUUGGAUGUUUAGAUGUCAGAAUGAACGCUGCGUUCCUUAUUGGUGGAAAUGUGACGGAAUCAACGACUGUGGCGACAAUUCGGAUGAAUUAGGUUGUACCAAUGUCAGUCCCAGCAAUAGUUCGGAUGAGGCAACAACGACGUUGCCACCGGUCAAAGAGUGUUCGACAAACGAAUUCACCUGUGAUUCGGGACUGUGCAUAUCGAAACCGCAACUGUGUGACGGUAUAAAUCAUUGUCCCAAUGGUGAAGAUGAAAAGUACUGCCCCGGUGAAAAUCUUUGCGGCAAAGACUUCUUCAGAUGUCGCAGUGACGGUGUGUGUUUGUCGCUCGAUAAACACUGUAACGGUGUAAAGAAUUGUGUCGACGGCAGUGACGAAGAUGACUGUACCAAAAAGCCCAUCACCCCCGAUACGGAUGACAUCCCAAUUCUAUGCAGAAGAGGGUUCUUUAUGUGCGACAAUACCUGCUUCCCGGAAUCGAAACGAUGCGACAACAAAACCGAUUGCUACGACGGUUCGGACGAAGAGAAUUGCAAUGGCACCAGCAAAGUGUACCAAGUCGGAUAUCUGUUCCCGUACAAGCGAACAUUGAAUUCGUCCAGUUUCCUUGUGUUCUGGUACAUGCAAGGCAAUGAACGAAAGUCCUUCGAAUAUUUGCCGUCGAUCAGCAAAGUUGCCACAAAGAAGUGGACCAAUCACACGUCAUGGAUCGAACACACCGAAUUCCGUUUCACCAACUUAACGGCUUUCACCACGUACAAUGUACAAGUGUAUGUCCGCGUCAAGGGCACUGAACAUGUUGAUCCGCCGUAUCUGAGCAUUAAUGUGACAACCGCCGAAGGAAUGCCACAAGAGCCGUUGAAUGUGAAUGUAACGCAACUGAAUGGAUCUCGCGUUCAAGUCAGUUGGGAGCCGCCGAAAGAAGUGUUUGGCAUUCUGAAGGAGUACACGGUUUACUAUGGCAUUCAGUCACCGAAUGUCAGUCCCGUCAAUUCGGUGAAAGUGAGUCCAGCCGAUCGAUCCAUUGUGUUGGAAUCGAAUUUCGAAGCGAAUUCCACGUACAAUUUCUGGGUUCGCGCACGAAAUUCGAAGAACGAGUCACCACCGUCAACUCUGGUUCGGCUGGCCUUCAACGACGUGACCAGCAUCGAUCGUCUAUCUGGCCUGCAAACCACCAGCAUUGGAUCCGACUUUAUCGAACUCAAAUGGAAUGCAAUUAAAGACGUCGAUGGAUACAUUGUUCAGCCUUCGCUACCGCCACCGUAUCCCAAAUUGCCCUCCACUCGAACCACAAACACGACGCUUCGAUUGGAAAACCUAGUGCCCGGCGCUCAUUUUACCAUCAAAGUGUCGGCAUACCAGAAUAAGUAUUACGGACGUCAAUCGUCGAUCUAUGUCGUGUUACGGGGCAAAGCUUUACCGGAAUUAACAGGCGUCUCAAUAUAUCACAAUGAACAUCAGACACGACUGCGAUGGAACAAGCCAGAGACAGAUUUAGCGAAUUUGACCUACGGAGUGUACUACGGAACGACAUUGGAUGAGAUGUACGACGAACCUCGUCAAACAACACAGGCAACAAACACCUCGUUGCUAUACUUACGUCCUUGCCAUUCGUACCUGAUAUCGGUUGGUAUUAUUGGACCCAAAGGUCCUGGUCCGUUGUCACGUGAGCCGUUAUCGCUAGCCACAAAUAUCAAGCCAGACUCGCCACCAAGAACUAUCCGAGCUACAGUUGACAUUGGAACUAAGGACUUGAUUGUAAUAUGGGAACACAGCUGUCCAUUCGCCGACAAAUACCCGGGCUACAUCAUCAACAUCACCGAAUUAACGUUCAACACCACGUCAAUGAUUGAAUUGAAACCGUCCAGAAGCAAGGUCUUGAUGCACACAUUCGAUAAAAUCGAGGACGGUGCGGUACUGGACGUCAGCAUAGCUACGAGCACAGGUACGGAAUGGGCCACGAAACGAGUUUAUGCACCUCGAUUGCCAGCACCGACACAAUUAAGAGUCUGGCCCGAAAGGAAUGGAACGUAUGUGGUCUACUGGAAAGAAGUUAGCGGCAGAAGAUACACGUACGAGCUGCUGAUUGUACCGGGACUAGAGAUAAAUGGAACGAAGCCGCUGCUGACGAUCGAAUCGAAAUCUCCACCAAUACUGGUCAAUCCAAGCGAUUUGGGAGGAGCCGAUGCUGCGCUCAAGAUAUUCACAUUGGGUGUCCGUCUGAAAAGCGUACACGGUUACCAUUCCGAUAUCCACGAAAUCGAACACAUUGAAAUCCAACCGGACGCCUGGAUGUCGACCAUCGCCGUAUCGAGUGCGCCCACCACUUGGCUAGUCAUUAUUUCCAUUUUGAUUGUAAUCAGCUUGGUCGCAGUCGUAGUGUUUUUGGUGCAGCGACAUCGGCGUCUGGCUCAUUCAUUUUCCCGGUUCGCCAAUUCGCACUACGAUACGAAAACGGGUGCGACACGGCUGGGCGCAUUGGACGAUGACGAACCGAAUCAUCCGCAUUCGGUGGAAGAUGAUGAACCAUUGGUCAUAGCAUAAUUGAUCGGAGUUGAUUCCAACGGUCUUCUUCUUCCACUUCGCUUAUAUUGAAUUUUGUUGAUUUUUUAUUUUUAUUUUACUGAUUUACUGAAGGGGGGAUGCUGUGAAUAUGAUUUUAGUGAUUUCUUUGUUAGAAUUUUUUUAAUUGAAACGGAAAAACGGAAUGUAGAUGAAAAUGCCUAAAGAUUGUGGUAGUGACGACCCUGACGUAAGAUAAAAAUUUCAUUUGAUAAAGAAAUGUGAUGAAAAUUUCCAAGAUAAACGAAAAACUCAAAUUAUUCUGUGCCAACUGCUCAUUUAAUUCGGAAUGAUUGCUCAACUAUAAAGCGAAGACAAACAAAAAUCCAUUGAAACUCUCCAUCAAAUUACUCUAUAGAAAGACUCAGUCCCGUGGUGUCUUGUCCAGAUAGACUUACAAGUUGGUAAUUGCCAUCAGACUGAACAGAACAGAACUAAUUUCUUGUGCAUCACAAUUGCCAGUGAAUUAUUCGAUAUGCCAGUUUCAGAUAGCGAAGUCGUGCUAGAGAUUGUUCGUUUCGAAUAGCCAAGUUUCCUAAUGAACGUAAAAUGUCAAUUAACAGUCAUGAAUGUUGUGUCGAGGAUUGAACAUAAGUUUGAGUGUGCAGAGGUUUUCUCGGUUUGUUAUAGUCAUUUACAUAACAAGGGACCAAAUGUUGAAAGUUCAAGAUUUUAUGUGAGUUUUUAUGAUCCGAGGCGAAGCCGAGGUCAUUAAACACAUAAGAACGAGACUUUUUACGUUUAUUCCGAGUUUUGUAAUGGAUUUUUCAAGAAAGAUGUGCUUGGAACAUCACGGCUUUCGACGAUUGAAGCGUGUAAAAGACCUGUUGCGUCAUUUUCACAUGAUAUUGUGGUAUCCCAAAGGAUUCUUUUGUGAUUUUCGGAAAUUCGUUUUUCGAUUUGUUUGAAGAUUUCAUUUUCUAAUCUGCCCAUAAGUCCCUUACUUCUGGUGGUUUUCAUUUUUCAGAAAAGAAUUUCUUUGUCGAAUUGAAACGGGGAAAUCUUUGCUGUUUUCACAAGUCAUUUUUCAUCAACGUCAAAGAUUUAUCCUAAAAUACUGCUCAGUGGUAUGUCUCUAAAAUGCACCAGUUUUUGUAACCAAAGGUUUCGAGAAAAUAAAUCGUUCCCGAAAUGGACAGCCGCCAAUUAUGUUAUCAACAAACAUCUAGUCGUUCUUCAGCUUCAAAUAUAAAUUCAUUGCAAGGUAUUCGUCGGGUAGACUAACUAAAAUUCCUGCAGUGAUCAAAAACCGCAUUUUACUGACUGCCGCUAUUCUGAUAUAUCUACUUUUUGACGGCUGUACUAUCUACAUAUUGGGUAAAUUCCGUUCAUUAGGUGGCUUAGGGGCAUACCGUAGAACCCUUUUUCGCUUAAAAUAAUCUUUUACGUCGAUUGAAAAUAACUUGACGAUAACAUCCAUCCCCCCAUUGAUCCCUUUCGUAUUUCCCUCUGUUCGAACACAACUGAGACUUGCGACUAUUUUCUUGACUUUACCGCACCUAAAUGUUAGUGAAUAAAACCAAAUUAAAAAUAUCGACAUGUCAUUCGAACAUGUAAGACAAUGUAAAGGCCAGAUCAAACGCUGGUAAAUCACGUAGUUUUCUGUUGUUUUUCUUUUCAUUGGUUGAAAGUGUGUCAGGAUUUGUCUAACUUAUAUUAGUCGAAGUAGACGGAUGCAGUCGAUUUUUUAUUAAAUUUUUUGUUUGUUUCGUUUCUUGUAAAAUCGCAUACAUAAAAUAAUGGACAGUGGCAGCAUCAUAGAAUCAGAUUUAUAAUAAAUAAAUGAGAAGAGAAAAAAAAACACUUCCCGACUGAAUAUGUAAAUCAAUAAUAUUUGUGGAUAAAAUAAAUUUAAGUGAAACAAUGAAAAAUGAAAUCAAGAAAUAAAAGAAGAAAAAAUUAAAACAAAAAACGAAAACGAGAGAAAAAUAAGUUUUUUGACUGUAACUUUCCAAAAAAUAUUUCUAGUGGUUAGUAUGUAAGUAAGUGGGUUAGCCAGUAUUUUGAGUUUGUUUGUCAGUCAAAAAAUGUAAAAUUUUAAUUUAAAUCGAGAUUGAAUUUAAAAUUUAAAAAAAAAGAAAGAAAAGGAAAACAAAAACAAAAAAAUAAAUCAGACAAGAGCUCCGAGUGAAGGAACUGAAGACAGUAAUUUCGAUUCCUUUUUUACCGGUUUCCUUUCUUACUCGCUUGCCAAUUUUCUAAUAUAGAAAAUGUAAAAAUUUUAAGAAAAAAAAUUGAAAAAAAAAUAAAAAUUUGAUAUUAAAAAAACGGAUCGUGACAACUUCGAAACUAAA